CUCGGAGGUCCGGCCCAGCCAUCCAGCAGCAGGCCCCGGGAGCCAUGCAGCCGGGGUCUUCUUCAUAGUCGAGGACUCAGUGGAUGCUGGGGUGGGAGUGGGGCCCUAGGGAACUUGAGUGCCUCAGCAGCAGCAGCAGCAGCAGCAAGCAGCGCGGGACCCGGCCACUAUGUUCCCGGAGCCCCUGACCCCAGGGCCUCCGGCUCCCAACGCCCCUCCGGACUCCAGCCGCAUCAGCCAGGGUGCAGUGCCACCCUGGGCCUUGGCGACCAUCGUGCUGGUCUCCGCCCUCCUGGUCUUCAGCUGCGGUUUCUGUCUCUGCCGGAAGCAUUGUCGGAAGCGGAUGGGCAAGAAGAGCCAGGCGCAAGCCCAGGUCCACCUUCAGGAAGUGAAGGAGCUGGGCCGGAGUUACAUAGACAAGGUGCAGCCAGAAGUGGAGGAGCUGGAGCCUGUGCCAGCUGGGCCAGGGCAUCAGGUGGCAGAGAAGCAUGAACUAGGACGACUGCAGUACUCGCUGGACUAUGACUUCCAGAGCGGUCAGCUGAUGGUGGGUGUCCUGAGAGCGGAGGGACUGGCAGCCUUGGACCUGGGCGGCUCCUCGGACCCCUACGUGCGAGUCUACCUGCUGCCAGACAAGCGGAGAAGACACGAGACUAAGGUGCAUCGGCAGACACUGAACCCGCACUUCGGGGAGACGUUCGCCUUCAAGGUCCCCUAUGUGGAGCUGGGGGGCAGAGUGCUGGUCAUGGCGGUGUAUGACUUUGACCGCUUCUCCCGCAACGAUGCCAUCGGGGAGGUGAGGGUCCCCAUGAGCUCGGUGGACUUGGGACGGCCUGUGCAGGCCUGGCGGGAACUGCAGCCUGCGCCAAGGGAGGAGCUGGAGAAACUGGGGGACAUCUGCUUCUCUCUCCGCUACGUCCCCACGGCAGGGAAGCUCACUGUCAUCGUCCUGGAGGCUAAAAACCUGAAGAAGAUGGACGUAGGGGGAUUGUCAGAUCCCUACGUCAAGGUCCACCUGCUGCAGGGUGGCAAAAAGGUGCGCAAGAAGAAAACCACCAUCAAGAAGAACACGCUGAACCCCUACUACAACGAGGCCUUCAGCUUUGAGGUGCCCUGUGACCAAGUCCAGAAGGUGCAAGUGGAGCUGACCGUGCUGGACUACGACAAGCUGGGCAAGAACGAGGCCAUCGGCCGGGUGGCGGUCGGCACGGCCACCGGCGGGGCUGGCCUGCGGCACUGGGCGGACAUGCUGGCCAACCCCCGGCGGCCCAUCGCCCAGUGGCACUCGCUGCGGCCCCCUGACCACGUGAGGCCACCACCUGCACCCUAAUCUCCACCCCAGGGCCAUCCCUACCCUCCCCGCCCACCGCAUGGCCCUGGCAACCUUGCCCGCACUCCAGCGCCCCAGAGGUCCCCGGACCCGGGAUCUCCUCCUCGCUUGGACAGUCAGCCCUCCUGCCCCCCGCCCAGGCCCUCUCCCUCACAGCCCACACUGCUCCCAUCAAAUA